AUGGAUGGUGAGAAGCGUUAUGAGAGCACCAAACGUAAACGAGGGUCGAGGAAAAAAAAGCUUUUCGUCAAUGAGAAAGUCGAGGUAAAAAGUAUGGAGGAGGGUUUUCUGGGUUCAUGGCACCCGGGGACGGUGGUCCGUUGCGAGAAGCAGAAGCGUUAUGUAAAAUAUGACAACAUUCUAGAUGAUGAUGGAUCAAAAUACCUUGUUGAUGUGGUGUAUGUUUCAGCUGUUUUGGAUGGUUAUAGUUCUUCUUCAGAUUAUAGCAAUGAACAUGGAUUCAUCAGACCACUGCCUCCUCCGCUUGAGUUUGGGGAGAAGGACCUUCCAUUUGGUCUCUGUGUCGAUGUAAAUUAUCAAGAAGGCUGGUGGGAAGGCGUUAUAUUUGAUCACUGCAACGGAAUGGAGGAGAGGAGCGUGUUCUUCCCGGAUUUGGGUGAUGAAAUGAAGGUUGAAACUCAUCAAUUACGGAUAACACAGGAUUGGGAUGAAGCUACUGAGAAUUGGAAGGUACGGGGGAAGUGGGUGUUCCUUGAAGUAGUUCAGGAGUGUGAAAAGGAAUCCUUUGUUGCAGUUUCAGUGAAGCAAAUUUGGUAUGAUAUAAGGGUCAGAAAUGAUUUUGACAAUAUAAAACAUUGGACUUGUAAUGAGAAGGACUUGUGGAGAGCCCUUGUAGUGGAGGUGGUUGGUGACUACUAUGUUCUCACACUAGAAGAAAUUUUCCCAGCUUUAAACCUUCCAGAGGAUUUCUUGAAAGAAACACCAGAGCCGAACUCAGUGGAACAUACUGACAACAUUCAUUGUCAUGCUGGACACUCUAAUGUAUUUGGUUCUGACAUUGGAGUUUCUGAUAGCCUUAUGGAAAAUGGUGGCGAAUCAAACUUGUUGGAUUCCAAUAAAAAGGGUUGUAACAUCAUUUGCUUUCAAGAGGAAUAUGAUAAAGAUCCCUUGACGGACGGGGGAUAUGAGAAGAAAAUUAUUUUGCAGGAGGAACCUGUAUCUCCUGUUCAAGAGAUCAUGCCUGAUGCUAGUGAAGUAAAGUCAGGUGCUAGCUCUUGUUCAAAGAAGAGAAAACGUAGACGCUCAGUGUCCACUCGUUGGAAACCUCUGGUAGUGACCAAGGUUGAAUUCUGUCCUGAUGUUAUUAACCAGUAUUUGCUUGGAUGUGGUAGCAAGACGAUUAGGGAACUUUUGAAGACAAAAGUAUGGAAACAUCUAGCAUAUCUUGGAUGGAAAAUUGAGUGGACAGAAGAUAGAUAUUUUCCUGGACGUGGACGCUACAGAUACAAGUCACCUGAUGCACAGGACGAUAAGUUUUACACUUCAAUUAUUCAAGUUUUGACACAUAUGCAACUGGAGUCCAAUAUGAACACUGUGCAGCCCCAAGUUGAUCAGAGUAGGAUUCAUUCUGCAAAUGACACUAAUCCUUCACAUAUGCUUUUAGAUCAACCCCCAAACGACCAGGAUGUAGAUGUUUGUCCUCCAAAUGAGAAAAGUGUUGGCCAUGUUGAUAGCGAUGAUCUAAUGCAAACAUUGUCCCAAUUUCUUCAAAAAGAACCUGAGUUGCAUACUGCUUCACCAGCUAGUAUAUCAAAUGAGAAUAGAAACCGCAAACACACCAGGGAUUCAAAGGGCACCAUGCCAAAGGGCCACAUCAAAGGGUCAUCUACAGAAUGUCUAAGAUCAAGCAAAAGGGUGCAGAAGGUGUCUACCUCAAGUCUGUCACACCAACGACCUCAAAAUGUUCUGUCUUGGUUAAUAGAUAGCGGCGUGCUGAUGCCAAGAUGUAAGGUCUAUUACCGGGCAGAAGGAGGCAGUAACACUGAUGUGGCUGAGGGGAGAAUUACUUAUGAUGGAAUCAAGUGUAGCUGUUGCAAGAAAAUAUAUGGUCUUGGGGGCUUUGUAAAUCAUGCAGGUGGAAGUGCUGACUGCAGGACUUCUGCUAGAAUAUUUUUGAAGAAUGGUAGGUCACUCUUAGAUUGCAUGAUAAAAGUAAUGCACGAUAGUAGAACAAGGGAAGAUAUGAACAGACCAUGCAAUGCUCUGUUUAAAGGAGAAAAUGAUGACAUAUGCUCUGUCUGUCAAUAUGGCGGUGAACUUAUUUUAUGUGACCAGUGUCCAUCCGCAUUUCAUAGGACGUGUCUUGGUUUGGAGGAUAUCCCUCAUGGUGACUGGUUUUGCCCAUCAUGUUGUUGCGGGAUUUGCAACCAAACCAAAACAGAAGGGUCUGAGGAUGUACUUUUUCUUACUUGCAUUCAAUGUGAACAUAAAUAUCACGUUGGAUGCUUGAAAAACAGAGACGAAGAUCAGUCAGGAAGAUAUAUGGAAAAUUGGUUGUGUGGAAAAGAGUGUGAACAGAUAUAUGCAGGCCUCCAAAGUCUAUUAGGAAAGCCACUUAUAGUGGGUUCGAACAAUCUAACUUGGACAUUGGUGAAGUUUAACAACUUCGAGGGUCGUGAUGUUGGCAGUUCUGAGAAUGACUUGUUGCCAGAGAAAUACAGCAAACUCAGUGUUGCACUUUCGGUGAUGCAUGAGUGUUUUGAACCCCUAAAGAACCCUCUCACUGGUAGAGAUAUCAUUGAUGAUGUUAUUUUCAACUCUAGGUCAGAGCUGAAUCGAUUGAAUUUCCAGGGUUUCUACACUGUACUUCUGGAGCAAAAUGAAGAAUUGAUUAGUGUAGCAACUAUUAGGGUGUUUGGACAGAAAGUAGCUGAGGUACCGCUUGUAGGUACCAGAAUACAAUAUCGUCGACUUGGAAUGUGUCGCAUUUUAAUGAAUGAGCUUGAGAAGGUAGAAUCUGCCCGUAACCUCAUGCAACUGGGAGUGGAGAGGCUAGUGUUGCCUGCCGUUCCUGUUGUGCUAGAAACUUGGACCAAAUCUUUUGGCUUUGCACAGAUGACAAAUUUUGAUAGGUCACAGUUCUCGGACUGUGCUUUCUUAGAUUUUCAGGAAACCGUCAUGUGCCAGAAGCUGCUGAGAAAGAUUCCAUCUCCCCAGUCAAGUUUAACAAGAGACACACAACGAAAACUGCAUGAUGUUUUGAGUCUUGAUUGUAGAAUUGAGUUUGAGAAGUCCAGUUCAGCAUCAGAAGUGGAACAACCUGAAUAG